AUGAAUUAUUCAAAUAUUGGUAUUCUUGAUCUACCAGCUGAAAUUUUACUGAUUAUUUUAUCAAAAUUAAAAAAUAUCGAUGUAUUAUAUUCACUUGUUGGUGUUCAUGAAAGACUUGAUAGAAUAGUAUGUGAUACAAUCUUUACUAGAUCUAUUGAUUUAGCAACAAUAUUAUCCAAUAAUAAAAAUGAUUCAUUGAUUAAUCAAAUAUUGAUUCGAUUUUGCCUGGAUAUCUUACCUCGAAUUCAUCAAAAUAUAGAAUGUCUUACUCUCGAACCAUUGUUUAUGGGAUGCAUACUUCGUAUAAGUAAUUAUCCUAAUCUACACAAACUCAAUAUUGUUAAACUUGACAUAGAUAAGGCAUUAGCCUAUUUCAGUGAUGAAUCACCUUUUGUUCAAAUUUUUAAGGAAAAAAUUUCUCAUCUUGUUAUUACCAUUACUGAUGAUACUGAUAGUGUAUCAUUGUUAGAUUUAGUUAAAAUUGUAUAUGCAAAAAUUUUUGCUUUAUUCACAAGUCUAACUCAUUUGGAGUUUGGUACAUAUAAUACUUCUCAACAUCGUCCAUUAGUUCUUAUUUUUGAUGAUUGUCUUUGUUUACUCAAUGGUCGUCUGUAUCAAAUGAAAACUUUUAUCGUUACUGUUGAUCAUUUUUUACCUGUUAUGUCAAAUAACAUCAACUAUACGAAAGGUUUACAUAAUCUAAAAUGUUUUUCAUUAAUGUCACGUUCGGAAAUCUUUACAUACGAUAAUCAAAUUGUACCAUUACUUCGUCAAAUGACACAACUAGAAAAACUUACAUUAUCUCUUAAUGUUUACCAACGAACAACAUUCAUUGAAGGUACUCAUUUGAAUAAGGAAAUUCUUAGUCAUAUGUCACAUCUAAACACAUUUAUUUUUGAUAUCGUUACACAUAUUGUCAUCAAUGAUGAUGAAAAUCAGAAGACAAUUGUUAAUAUUCAAAGUACAUUUGUUCAAGAUAUUGAUGGUUAUAUCGACUAUUAUCCAAAUACGAAACAUCGAUGUCAUAUCUAUUCACUUCCAUUUACCAUAGAAUAUUUACAUCAUAUAACCAAUAAUUUUCCCGGUGGUAUAUUUAUAAGUGUACGAACUUUAUCUAUAUUUGAUGACAUACUUCCAUUUGAACAUGAAUUUUUCAAACGAAUUUCUCAUUCGUUUCCAUUACUUAAUUCUCUCACGAUAAUCAAUUCACAACAACAAAAUGAAAAACAAACACGACAGUUAUAUAAUAAUGAAAAACUAUUUUCAAUUAUCAAAUUUCCUCAUCUUUUUCAGCUUAAUCUCGAAUAUGCUCAUAUUGAUUAUGUUGAACAAUUUCUUUUCGAUACAAAUACAUAUCUUCCAUGUCUGGAUCAACUUCAAAUUCAAUUCGAACAUUUAUAUAUCAUCACAGAAAAUUUUACAAGUAAUUCAACACGAGCUGUUUGUUCUAAAAUAAAACGUAUCGAUUUUUCUGAAACAGUUGUUCAAUCAAAAGAUUUUUAUCUCUAUUUUCCUUUAUUAUAA